AAAACUACUGUCAUGCGAAGCCAGUUUUGCUCAUCGGGCUAAAGCACGCAUACCUGGGUGUGACCUCAGCAACAGUGCAAGCCGACAUCGACAGCCCGCUAGCUGUAGAAACACUACUAGGCUGGGUCGCGUACGGCCCAACCAAGCUUGAGCACGUGAAAUAUUGCGCCGAACAACUAAACGAGUAGGCAAGCAAUAUGAAACCGGUUUACUAUGGAGAACAUAUCCACCGAAGUUGCCAAACAGUAAAGCAAUGGCCGAAAAACGCUUACUGACAGUGGAGCGCCAAAUGCAGAACGAUGCCGAGUUUGGUACACGAUACAGACAAGAGAUGGCUAAGUACGUGAUCAAAGGGUAUGCCAGAAAGUUAAGCCGUGACGAAGCCAGAGAGCCACACCAAAAUGCUUGGUACUUACCUCACUUUGCCGUAUUCAACCAGCAUAAGCCCGAAAAGAGGCGAAUCGUCUUUGAUGCCGCAGCCGCAGUAAACAACGUGUCGCUCAACUCGCAGCUAUUGAAGGGUACGGAGCAAGCACAGCCGUUGAUACGGAUUUUGCUACAGUUUCGCCAGGGACGUGUCGAAGUGUCCGCAGACAUACGCGAAAUGUUUUCGCGAAUCGAGAUACGCGAAACUGAUAAGCACGCUCAACGGUACUUGUGGUGUGAUGGUGAUGCGAGCAAGCCUGUGGCAGAGUAUGUGAUGACGUCGUUAAUUUUCGGUGCUGUUUGCUCACCCUGCAUCGCCGAAUAUAUAAAAAACAAAAGCACCGAGGAGUAUCGAGCACAGUUUCCAGACGCCGCAACGACUGUAAUUAACAAGCAUUAUGUCGAUGAUUUAGUUGCAAACUUCGACACGCCUGAACAGGCCAUCAGUAUAUGCAGCGACAUUGUCAGGAUCAAUUCACAAGCUGGGUUCGAGUUGCGGAACUUCGUCUCCAACUGCGAAGAAGUAGAAGAUCGUUUGAAUCAUUCGCCGUUAUCCGUGAGAGAAUUGGUUAGCCUGGAACACAACGGGUCAGUGGACAAAGUGCUUGGCAUCUACUGGAACACAAGCGAUGACGUUUUCGAAUUCCACACGAAGUUCCACCGUUUGCCGAAAGAUGUCCUGCACGGAAUACGAGCUCCGACAAAACGAGAGUUGUUACGAAUCGUGAUGUCGGUAUUCGAUCCAUUUGGAAUGUUAGCAGCAUUUUUAAUUACUACUAAAAUUCUCAUUCAAGAAUCGUGGAAGUGCGAGAUUGGCUGGGACGAAGUUCUGCCUCAAGAACUAAGCAAGACAUGGUGGUCCUGGUGGCAAGAGUUUCCUAACGUGAAGCAGUUGAAAAUACCCCGCUGUUAUUCGCCGCAAAUCUUACACGGUGGCAAGGUAGAAAUCCACACUUUCGUCGACACCAGUCAAGUCGCAUUUGCUGCGGUAGUAUACGUUCGAGUACUUCAUAUUAAUGGAGUUGACGUUCGCUUCAUUAUGGGCAAAACACGCACAGCACCAGCAGUUUUUUGGACCGACUCCCAGACGGUUCUGCAAUGGGUGCAUUCGUCGGAAAGAAAGUAUAAGGCGUUCGUCGGCCAUCGUAUAGCCGAGAUUCUCGGCACAACGGCAAAAGUGCAGUGGCGAUGGAUGUCAACUUGUCAAAAUGCAGCAGACGUAGCAACACGCCCCUUGUGUCCACCCAAGUUUGACAGUAGCAGCCGUUGGGUAAAAGCCCCCCCGAGUUCGACGAGCACGACGAAGAGUAUUGGCUCACGUCUACGAUCACAGCGUCACCAGUGCUCCCAGAAGAAAUAUCUGUUCCAGUUUUGGUGGUGCAACACGGCAGUGCCGUCAUCAAUUUUUCACGGUUUAGCUCCUUCACAAAGCUAUUACGAACAACAGCCUGGGUGAUGCGAGCAACAAUACUAUUUCGAAAACAGAGAAACAGUACAACGCCCAUGUCGUCAAGCCUCACAGCAACGGAGAUAAAGAAAGCAGAGCAUAUAGUAUGCGAACUAGUCCAACGAGAAUGCUUUUCGAGCGAGAUCGCAGGUUUGUCAGUCGCCGGUAAAAUCGCCAAACGGAGUGCGCUGUAUAAGCUUUCGCCGUAUCUCGACCAAAGUCGCCUAUUAAGAUUGAGCGGACGCAUCGACGAGGCAACAUACCUACCAAUGCAAGCACGAUGACCGAUAUUGAUGCCCGCCAAACAUAUCGUGUCAACCCUGAUUGUACAACAUUUUCACAAAAUAAAUCAUCGCCAGAAUUCCGCAAUCACCAUUAAUGCCAUCCGACAACAGUUUUGGAUACCGAAUUUGAAACCGCUCCUCAAGGUAAUUCAGCAAAGGUGCCAACGGUGUAUGAUCGACAAAGCAAAGCCAAACCAACCUAUGAUGGGUCAGCUGCCGGUCGACCGCAUAACUCCGUUCAUGCGCCCAUUUACAU